CCUCAGGCCUGCGUGGUCUCGACUCGAGAGCGCUGCAGCCAUCACGCACAAGAAACGCCUCCCCCGCUAGUAAUAGAGCGACGUGCUUUGGUGACGCUCUCUGGUUGUCGAGAAACGUGAUGAGGUGACACCCUCUGGUCCUUGAGGGAUCGGUUCUUGAGGGGUACCUCCGUCAUUCCAGGUGAUAGCUCCCCCAGCUUUCAUUCUCAUCGGUGCUUGCUCACAGUCGAGUCAUAAUUCGCGCUAGUGACUCGAUCUAGUUGUUGAGAGACGUGCGUGAGUGAACACUCUUUCGUGUACAACCUUUCUAGGGUCUCGGUCUUUGAGGACUCGCUCUCUCAUUCCACGUGAAAGCUCACACAAUCCAGCUCCCCCAGCUUUCAUUCCCGAUCGAAACGUCGGAACUCGGCCGUCGUGGUCCUUCCCCCCUCUCGUCUACCGCGCACCCUUCGUACGCCUGACUCAGGCACUAUACAAGCCUCACGCAGCGCAUACUCGCUCCAGUUUCCGAUUCAUAGCUCGAAAGGCUACGUUUCCUCUUCAUAGCUCCAGCGUUUUAUACAUUCUGGCCGGCCCAAAGGCGGCACGGUAGUUAACGCCCAGUCUCGAUCCCAGUCGCUGACGGCAACGCCGUUUAGUGCCCCGAUCUAGUUUUCGGCGCAUAUUCUCGAACUCGUGGCGUCAGAAGAUGCUGCGAAUCAGUCCCUGUCAGCCGUCGAAGCUCCCCGGGCAGAACCCCAAGUAGGAAAGCUCAUAGUUCCUGACCAAAGGCCGACGGCUCAUACUCGUUUUGAGUGGCCCCGAUCCACGACUCAAGACCCCCGUUGCAUAUUGCAACCAAGCCGCAUUGCGGGCAAGGACUCUGCGCCCUCACCGUAACACGCCGCGUCGCAUCAUCACGGCAUGGGUCCCCCUCGGCGCAUGUGCUCUCCGCCCGGGCAUUUUCCCCGCGCCUCUCAUCUCCGCCUCCCCCUCCGCCUACUCUCCCGCGACACUCUCCUGCUCUGCGCACUCGCGGCGCUCGUCGUGUCCGCUUCACGUGUAUCAGCAUAUGGCGCUCCGGGAAGCGCAAUGGGGACGUUUUACGGCGGACCCGACGCGUCUGGCACCUGGGGUGGCAACUGCGGCUACGGCAAUCUCGUGCAAGCGGGUUACGGCAUCCUCGUUGCAGCGGGGAGUCCCCCGCUUUACAAGGGCGGGAAGGGUUGCGGCGCCUGCUACCGUGUGUCGUGUACCAACAGCACGUAUUGCAACAAGGGUGUAUCCAUCGUUGUGGCUAUAACGGAUCUCUGCCCUGGCGGGGGUUGGUGCUGCCCCACCUGUCGCCACUUCGAUUUAAGCGAACCCGCUUUUAUCGCACUCGCUAAUCGCGCUGCAGGCUUCGUUCCCCUCGCCUACGAACAGGUGCCAUGUGUCUUUUCCAACAAUAUUCGCCUGACCGCAACCGGAUCGCCUUUUUGGCUAAACCUCUUGAUUCGCCAAGUCGCGGGCCCCGGUGAUCUUUCGCUAGUCGAAGUGAUGGAUUCGAAUUCGCCAACGUGGAGACCCAUGCGACACGAUUGGGGUGCGAAUUGGGUGUACGACGCGUUUCUCCAGGCGCCGCUCAAGUUUCGCCUGACUUCGCUGACGGACAACCAGCAGGUGGUUACCAGUCCCGGCUGUCUCCCUGCAGGUUGGAUUCCGGCGAAAGAUUACGAUUGUAACAUUCAGUUUCAGUUCGCUGGCGACGGGAUGGAUGGUAACCACGGCGGGCCCCACGGCGACGGCAGCGGACUAUCAGAUGCGGCUCCCAGGAAUCGAACCAAGGUCACUCGGCCAAAUAAGGGGGGUAAUUCCCCUCCAGGUACCCCUAAGACUCCGGGUACCCCCAAGUCUCCGGGUAAAUCGCCCAGCAAGUCUCCUGUGACCAAUUCACCUGGGAAAUCCCCGCCAAAUGCCCCUGGAGCCAAAUCGCCUGUGAAGGGUGGUCAUCCGCCGAACGUGGGGCACCAUCCCCAGGGCGUGGGGCACCACCCCCCUUCGAAAUCACCGUCUAAGAAUGGCAACGUUACCGUGGGCCAUCACCCCAAGGGAGUGGGGCACAGGCCUGCAGGUGUGGGACACCACAAGCCUCGGAAAGGAGGCUUGGCAUCAGCUUCGGCAGCGGUGGCAGCAACUGAGCCGACUGCUUCGGUUGGUGCUGGGGUGAAAGCGGUGCCAGUGGUUGUGCCAGUGCCAGUGGCAGUGGCAACAACUGCUGAUCCUGUGGCUCCCCAGAACUAGAAGAGGCAAUGAGAUGGGAACAGCAGUGGCUGUGGCUGUGCAGUGGCAGUGGCUGUAGAUGCGGCAAUGCCAGUGGCAAUAACUGCAGAACCUGUGGCUGGCCAGAAUUAUGAGAAGCAAUGAGGUGUGAGCAGCAGCAGCACCUGCAGCACCACAGCACUAGCAGUGGGCAGUGGCAGCACCAGCACUGCACCCAACCAUUUGAAGUGGUGCCGCCUGCAGCAGCAACAGCAGCAGCACCACCACCACCGCCACCAACACCUUAGCAAUAUGGCAAAUAGUGGGCAGAUUUGGGAGGUGAGGUACUGCACGCCGUGGUGUGCUACGGUGCUAUACUCGCUGUCUGGAGCUGGGCUGCAGCACUAAGGUAAAACGGUAUGGUUGAGCGGUCAGGACUCUGGAGUUACUGCUCCAGGUAUACUUGGGGAUAAAAUCUCAAGUUACAUAUUUAAUUCUAUCAACCAGGCAGGUGGUUCAGGUUUUUGUCUCUCAAGGUGCCAAGACGACGUCUUGUGAUUUUCGUGCAACGGCGCCGUUAUGUAGGCUAUGGGCAGAAUAGUGUAGUUCGAUACACUUAUGUUCUAUGCAGGGGUAUCUGGUGGAUGCAACACAGUAGCAGGUCCUUCGUAGCAAGCUGUUCUUCGUAAUUCGUGGUGCUGACAUGGCUAGUAUAGGGGCUGCCUCUUUACAUGCAGAUGCACGAGCAGCUUCUGCUGCUGGAUGGUCGCUCGUUGAAAUCUUCAUACGCAUGCUUCGUGCGAUGGAGGCAGCUGUAGCUAAUUUGUUCGUAUAGUUUAUUUUAUAACUAACAUGGCUUUACUAAGCCAA